CACGCUGAAUACUCGAACUCGCCAAAAAAAAACAAGAGAUUGUUUUUUGGAAACAAGACAGCAUUGAAUUAAAGGAAUGAUAUAUACGCCCCAGACCACGGGCGAUGAGUUGCAAGAUUUGAGUUGUGAGAGCUAGGCACUUGCAUACAACCAUGGCUGUGCUUUUGUUUCUCUUUGCCUUUCUAAACCAGGCUUAUGCAAGUGCCAACACCUCCUUCAAUUUCCCCUCUUUCACCACAGAAAGUUGAAAAAAUGACAUCUUGAUUUGCAUGGGUUCAGUUACCAGUGGUGAUGGCUUCUUGAGCCUUACCCCAGAGGCUACACAAGGAGACAAUACAAGCUUUCCUGCAAAACCAAGUUGGCAGGGUUUUAUAUCGUUAUCCCGUCACCGCCUGGCCUGCAAAUAUCUCUACCACCUUCACCGUCAGAAUUAUGCGGACCCCCCAUACACCUCCUGCCAAUGGAAUGGCUUUUAUUAUGGCUCCGGACAAUGGUCCCCCACCGCGAACCAGCCAAGGCUCCUCCAUCGGUAUCAUGGAUGAAUCAAGUGAAGAUAAUGUUCAACAACUAGCAGUGGAGCUCGACACUUGCAAGGAUAUAGGUGAUAUAGACGGAAAUCACAUUGCAAUCGACACAAAAAGUGUAUUAAACUCAGUUACUGCCAAGAGUCUCAACAACAUACGCGUUAAUCUUACAAGUCAAAGAAAUAUCAAGGUUCGGGUUGAUUAUAACAGUUGGACUAACCUGCUUGAAGUGUACGCAGCAUAUGCAUCAGACCCACUAGUGAAAGUUAUCAAGCUCCAGAUUGACCUUGAAGGAACUGUGCCGAGAUCCAUAUUCGUCGGAUUCACAGCCUCAACAGGGUCUUUCACAGAGCGCCAUCAACUCUUAGAUUGGAAGUUCACCUCCACAGUUUAUAUGUAGAGGUCAAUGAAAUAAAAUCAGGACCAAUAAUCAA